AUGAAUGCGCCUAGCCAGAUAUCGUUUCUUGACGGGACGUUCAGUCUGAUACAUAUUCCCUUGAGUCUCUAUCCAAUAUUUCUGCAGCCAAUAUUACAGGUGCUUCUGCCACAAGGCGAUUGUGACUCAGACAGCCUCGAUGAGGCGGUCGAGGGUCUGAGUAUAGACAAUAAACAUGGGUUUCUCAACAUCAGCAUAACACCUGUCGAGUGCUCAGUUGUAUGUCACAACAACUGGGCCAAGAAGGUCUUCGAACCAAUCAUAAAAAGGCUUCCCAAGGAUGCGUCCAAGACUGUCACCAUUUCAAAGGACAGCUACCUGAUCCUGUCGGUGGAGAGCGCUGCAAUGGACGCCGGGAGUCGGGUCAUGGAAUUGACGUCGCCGCUUGCCUUCGCAGGCAUCCCUAUCUUCUUCAUCACGACAUAUUACUCGGAUUUCAUCCUGGUGCCCGCCAAAGACCGGCAGACGGUGCAGCAGGCGCUGUUGGCACGGGGGUUCGAGUUCUCCGAAUAUGAGUCGGCUUUCGUCUCUCCGUCGACGCACACGAGGGGGUCAAGCACGAGCAGCGGGCCUCCGUCCACACCGCCGCCUUCGAACGUCGCCGAGCUGCAGACGCGAACGUUCGAUCUGCUGAAGCGGCGCAACGUGGUUCCUUACAUCGAGGAUGACCUCAGCCUCGUGGUCUGCUCCGGCAGAGACACCAAGACAACGCAGAUGAGCGACUACCGCCGGCCGGCCCCGAGCCGGCAGCCCACGGGCAACGGCCACGGGAGCCGGAGGAGCUGGCUCGACAACGUGGACACGAAGCUCUACACGAGCCUGAUCUCGGUGCUCGUCCUGCAGCCGCGCUUCCUCUCCAUGACGCUCGCCCAGGAGGACCCGCCGUCGCUGCUGCUGGACAAGUCCCACCUGGGCGUCUUUGGCGACUCGGUGGUCGGCGACAUGAGCGGCGAUCUGGUGCCCAUCUUCCUGGACCUCGAGAACCUGCCGCUCGAGGCGACGGGCAUCGUCUCGGGCGUCGCGGGAAAGCUGGUCUCGGAGAUGCGCAUGGCCGAGACCGGCGUCAGCGAGCAGCUGUCUUACCUGUCCACGGCGAGGGCCGGCGCCGUCAUCCUCUCGCACGAGCAGAGCAUGAAGGCGCUCGAGGUCAUGAAGCCGUUGCUCGGCAAGGAGUGA